AUGAUUACGUCCAAGUCAGUAACCCGGGCGUGUGUUAUUGAUGGGAGAGGGCGCGGGGGAGGGGGCGCGGAAAGUGGGUCAGGAGGGGCGCGCAGUCGCGCGGCACUGCGCCCUCAGCCUCCAGCCAUGGCGGACGCUCCGCCUGAAGUCCUCGAGCUAAACGUAGGCGGCGUGCACUAUGCCACUACACGCGACACGCUGUUGCGCGAGCCGGACUCGCUACCAGCCGCCGCGUUGAACGAUCCGGAUCAUCCGCGUGACGCGCGUGGUCGUAUUUUCUUCGACCGUGACGGUGUUCUUUUUCGCUACGUUCUCGACUACCUCCGAGACGGCGGCCUAGUCUUGCCCGAAUGCUUUCGCGAACACAAGCGUCUGGCGCGCGAAGCCAAGCACUACAGAUUAGCGGGCUUGGAGCAUGCAGUUCGAGACGCUGAUCCGCGACCGCCGAACCGGGAACGGGGAUGCAUCACCGUCGGGUACCGAGGCAGCUUCGCUUUUGGUCGAGACGGUCUCGCCGAUGUUAAGUUCCGCAAGCUUUCGCGUAUUCUGGUCUGUGGUAAAGUAACACUAUGCCGAGACGUUUUCGGAGAGACGCUGAACGAAUCCCGGGAUCCAGACCACGGGCUUGCGGAUAGAUACACUUCGCGAUUCUUCCUUAAACAUUCCUUUAUCGAGCAAGCUUUCGACAUGUUGCAAGAGCAAGGGUUCAAGCUAACGGCCAGCUGCGGGAGCGGUACGGCCGGCGGCGCAGCGGAGCUGAAACCAGGAGUUGAUUCCGAGGAGAACCGUUGGAACCACUACAACGAAUUUGUGUUCGUUCGCGAGUAACAUCUCUCACAAUUGUGAUAUUGAAUCUCCUUACAUUGUUUGGGGCACGAUGCUUCCGUGGCUCGGCCACAGGUUUUAUAGAGACGUUUAAAUUAUUCACAGGUAAUUACUGACCAUAUAAAUAUAACCAUACUGAAUACUCUUACUUUAACUUACACUAUGAUAAUGUCAUCCUUACAUUAUAAACGUCUUAAUUUAAUACUGAUUACUAUAAUAGUUUAACAUUGUUUUACGAUACAUUGACACAUUAGUCAUUAAAUAAAAUACAGACAAUUAUUAUAUUUAAGUAUAUCGUUCUAGAGGUACUAUAAAUAUUUGAAAACUUAAAUUAAAAACAUGUUUACAUAGAUAAUAGAUAUGUAGAUAAAGCGAACUUAACUGUAUUUAUGGAUUAAAUAAGUAGCUAAAUGUAAAAGAAUAAAUGUAUAAAUAUUAAAUGUAGAAGUUAUCUACCUUUUAGAACUAAA